GUGUUGAUGUUCGGCGCAGUUCCAGACCGGGACAAAGGCCGACGGAGGAGCCGGAGCCGCACGAGCUGCACUGCGUCCACCGGCCGGGUCAGUCGACAGAGCGGGUGGUCCAACAGUGUGUGGACGGUACUGAGCUCUGUCCACCGGAGCCGACCACGGCGGAGGCGGCGAAUAUCAGGCCAGGACACCGCGCCGCCGACUCACUGAACACGAUCGAUUCUGCCGACACACCGACUCGCGGUGUUGAUGUCCGGUGCAGUUCCAGCCCGGGACAAAGGCCGACGGAGGAGCCGGAGCCGCACGAGCUGCACUGCGUCCACCGGCCGUGUCAGUGGACAGAGCGGGUGGUCCAACAGUGUGUGGACGGUACUGAGCUCUGUCCACCGGAGCCGACCACGGCGGAGGCGGCGAAUAUCAGAUGGAGAUGACAGAUUGCGUGAAGACCUGGUCGCCCUUCGCCGGGAGGUGUCCGCCCUUCGUGAAGUGGUGGCUGCCCUUCGUGAAGAGAUGUCCGCCCUUCGGGAAGUGGUGGUCCCCCUUCGUGAAAAGGUGACCAUUCUGAGUGAGGUAGUGGCGAAGGACAAUUCAGAUAUGAAGAAGCUCAAGGGGGAGAACGCCGCACUUCACGGUGCGAUGGUCCGCCUGGAGCAGGCAGUUAUCGAGGAGCGGACCACUCGCCAGACCGUGGUGGAGGAGCUGCGGCAGGAGGUCCGCCGGCGAGCGGCGCCAUCCGGCCGUCCCCAGGGAGCUAGAAAAAUGGCCAAUGACGUCAUAGUACAGACGGAGCCCCAGUCAUCGACAGUCAAUGACGUCAUAGUACAGACGGAGCCCCAGCCAUCGGCACACAGUGACGUCAUAGUACAGACGGAGCCCCAGUCAUCGGCAGUCAGUGACGUCAUAGUACAGACGGAGCCCCAGCCAUCGGCAGUCAAUGACGUCACAGUACAGACGGAGCCCCAGCCAUCGGUCGCCAGUCUAUUCAACACGCUUGAGGAGUCGCUCGGCCUUGUAACCAUGACGACGUUCGACGCUCCGUCGGCCCUUGGCGAGGAUCAGCUGACGGCGCUCCUGCAGAGUCUUCCCCGCUUGGAGGAGCUGACCGUCAGGGUCCCGUCCUUCGGAACGGGGCGGUGGCUGCGGCUGCUGCCGACGUCACUGAGGACGCUAUACGUUGCAGGGCCGGAGGUGACGAAGCCGAGGUGGCCGGGACGGCACGGGAGUGGUCUGUCGGUGUCUCUCCAAGGGGUGACUGCCGACACCAUCAGCCACCUGGCCACGGAGCUGGGGUCACGGAUUACCCUACUAGUCACGGAUGCACAAAUAACUACUAUUCCAAGUCAACUUCGUGGUGCCAUCAUCAGGGUGGACCCAAACACUGUCAUCCUUCCGGCCGGAGUCGGUGACAGCGAGCUGACGGAGCUGCGGAGCUCACGGGAGACUGUGGAGCGGCUGUCAGUCUCCGCCGCCGACCUCCCGCUACUGAGGGAGCAGCUGCCGGAGGGCCUCGAGUGCCUCAAUGUCAGAGGGCCGGAGGUGACGGAGCUGAGGUGGCCGGAAUGGUACGGGAGUGGUCUGUCGGUAUCUCUCCAGGGGGUGGCUGCCGACACCAUCAGUCACCUGGCUGACCUGGGACGGACGUGCCCUGGGCUGCGGUGGCUCACCCUGUCCGGCGGCGUCCCUGACACCGUGAGCCUGGAGCCCCUCACCAGGUGCCCUGAGCUGCUGUCUCUCACCCUGUCCGGUGGCGUCCCUGACGCCGUGCUGGACAGUCUCAGCGGCUGCCCCGGGCUGUGGAUCCUUACACUGGGGGACCGCCAGCGGCCGGCAGAGACGGCCUUCACAGCAGCAGCGUACAUCAGACUGGUGAAGUCGUGUCGGGAGCUGUGGUGUCUGCACCUUCACUGCACGGCAGACACCACCCGGGCCGUGCUGACCGCCCUGAAGGAGGCGCACCUGCGCCGGGGCCCAUUCGGUACCAUCGGUCUCUUUGUCCCCGGGGAGCUGUACCGUCAGCUGAAGAGCCAGCAAGGCGAUGGGGUCUUAGUGUUGGAGUGGUGUGAUUGA